AUGACUUCAGCGGUGGAUUCCACCGCAACGAUAGAUGAUGAAUCAACGUCUAAUACAUUAAAACGACGUCGUUCAUUAACUAUAAUUCAAAAUGAAAUAGACAUUGACGAAACGCCGUUUAAACGCGUUUGUUCUUCAUCUUCUAUGAAUAAUUCAAUAUCUGAUACUAAUAAUAUUCAAUCAAUGUAUACUUCUCUUAAUGAUAUUGUUCAAUCUCAUCGUAAUCUUGUUCGUGAAUAUGUUGAUUUACAAAUGUGUGAUCGUCCUGAUUUAUCAUUAGAUGAACAACGUUUUAUUCAAGCUGAAGAAGAUCUUAUUGAAAAAGUUGAAAAAAAUUUACAUGAUGUUAAUAAUGUAACAAUAACUCCACCAUCACGUAAUGGUAAACGUCAACGAUAUCAAUCAAUAAAUUCAACAAAUCAAUCAUAUGAUCGUGAUAAAAAAAAUGAAGCACAUAUAUUAAAACGUAUUGAUGAAUUAAAAUCUGAUGGUAAAUGGACAAAUCAACGUUUAGCUAAAUGUUUAGAACCAAAUAAACGUAAAACACAUUGGGAUUAUUUACUUGAUGAAAUGCGUUGGUUAGCUGAAGAUUUUGAACUUGAAAAACGUUGGAAACAAGCUAUGGCUAAAAAACUUUCUUUAGCUGUUUUAAAAUAUUUUCGUGAUAAACAACAAGCUGAAAAUCAACAACAACGUGAAGAAUUUAAACGGCUACGGAAACAAGCACAAUUUAUAUGUAAAGAAGUGAUGAAUUUUUGGAAAAAUAUGCAUAAAAUAGCUGAAUUUAAAGAAACAACACGUACACAACAAUUACGAAAACAUCAAUUAGAUUUACAUUUAAAUAUUAUUGUUGAUCAAACAGAAAAAUAUUCCGAUUGGUUAAUACAAUCAUUAAAAACAUCAUCGAAUCAAGAUGUAAAUAUAGUACGAAAACAAGAUGAUAAUGAAGAAGAAGAAGAAGAUGAUGAAGAAACAAUUGAACUUGAAGAACAAGAUAUACAAGAUGAUUAUACAUUAAAUGAAUUGCACGAUCUUCAAGCAGAUCAAGAAGAAUCACUUGAUACAGUAUUAAAACGUGAAUAUGGUAUUGGUUUAUCUAAUGCAUCAAGUGAAAAAGAAAAUAAUUUAUUACAUGAAGAAGAAGAAGAAGAAGAUGGUGAUGAUGAUAAUCUAAGUAAUAAUGAUUUAAGUGAUACAUCUGAUGAAGAAUUCAUGUCAGAUGAAUCCGAUGAAAAUAAUCCCAUAACUGAUGAAUUAGUAACCAAUGAUAAACAGAUGGAUGAUUUAGCAACAACAGCUCAAACAUUUCAACCAACAGGAUUUACACUUAAUACAACUUCAGUUAAAAUACCGGUGCCUUUUCUACUUAAACAUCCAUUAAGAGAAUAUCAACAUGUUGGUCUUGAUUGGCUUGUUACACUCUUUGAAAAUAAACUUAAUUGUAUAUUAGCAGAUGAAAUGGGUUUGGGUAAAACUAUCCAAACAAUAGCUCUACUUGCACAUUUAGCUUGUGAAAAAGGUAUUUGGGGUCCACAUUUAAUUGUUGUUCCUACAAGUGUUAUGUUAAAUUGGGAAAUUGAAUUUAAAAAAUGGUGUCCAGCUUUUAAAAUUUUAACAUAUUAUGGUUCAAUAAAAGAACGUCAAUUAAAACGUCAAGGAUGGUCAAAAAUGAAUGCAUUUCAUAUUUGUAUAACAUCAUAUAAACUUAUUCUACAAGAUGUUAAAUCAUUUCGACGUAAAAAAUGGAAAUAUUUAAUCUUAGAUGAAGCACAAAAUAUAAAAAAUUUUAAAUCACAACGUUGGCAAACAUUAUUAAAUUUUAAUUCUCAACGUCGUUUAUUAUUAACUGGUACACCAUUACAAAAUUCACUUAUGGAAUUAUGGUCAUUAAUGCAUUUUUUAAUGCCAAAUUUAUUUUCAUCACAUGAAGAAUUUCGUGAAUGGUUUUCUAAUCCUUUAACAGAAAUGAUUGAACAAGGACAAACAUCAUCAUCAUCAUCAAAUGAUUUAUUAAUAAAACGUUUACAUAAAAUCUUACGUCCAUUUAUCUUACGUCGUUUAAAAAAUGAUGUGGAAAAACAAAUGCCAAAAAAAUAUGAACAUAUUAUUAUGUGUCAUUUAUCGAAAAGACAACGAGAAUUAUAUGAAGAUUUUAUUCAAUGUAAAACAACACGUGAUAUUAUACAACAAGGACAUUAUAUGUCUGUAAUUAAUAUACUUAUGCAAUUAAGAAAAGUUUGUAAUCAUCCAGAUUUAUUUGAAUCAAGAGCUAUUAUUUCACCAUUUAUAUUUCAAAAACAAAUAAUUAAAUGUGAAAUACCCAAAUUAAUUAUUGAUGAUAUUAAUUUAAAAAAUCCAUAUUUAGCAUUGAAUUCAUCACCAAAUGAUACAUUUUUUAGUUUUAGAAUUCAAUUUAGUUUGCAAGCAACCAAAGAUAUGAUUAUGAAUAUAAUUAAUCGUGAUAAUAAUAAUAAUAGUAAUAAUAAUAAUAAUGAUAAACGUCAAAGAAUUCAGUUAACAAAAGAUAUUAUUGAAAGAUAUAGAAAUAGUUCAUUAUGGCAUCAAAAAAAUGGAAUAACAAGAAAUCAACGAAAUCAAUCUGGAAUAAAACAAAAUCUAUUAAUGGAUGUUAAUGAUCAAGAAUUUCAACCAGAUAAUAUUUAUAACGAAAUUUGUCAACAACGUCAAGAAGAACGUUUAUCUCGUUAUGAAUUAUUAUGUCAAAUUAAUACAGAUCGCUGUCAAUCACAUCCAUUAUAUGGUUCUGAUAUUAUUUCACAAGUUGAAUUAGCUAUGAAUUCAUGUUCCAGUUUGAAUCGAACAACAUUUAGUGGAUAUGCAUUAUGUCAAGAAGCACAUCAACCAUUAACUACAAUUCGAAAAUAUAUGUCAGUCACAGAUGUUCUUCGAACAUUAAUUAAAUCUAAUCGAGAAUUAUUAGAUGAUUAUCAAGAUAUACUUAAUCGAUUUAUAAUGUGUACUACACGUGUAUUAGCAACACCUAUUGAAUUAUAUCAAUCAAAUGGAAUUCGUCUAUCAACGAAAACAAUCCAACAAAAACCUUUAAUAGAAGUUUUAUCAUCAACAGAUUUUAAUGUUCUUUCAUCAAUAACAGAAAUAAGACAAAAUAUGUUUUUACAAUUUCCUGAACGACGACUUAUUCAAUAUGAUUGUGGUAAAUUACAAACACUUGAUAUACUUUUAUCAGAUUUAAAACGUGAUAAACAUCGUUGUUUAAUAUUUACACAAAUGACUAAAAUGCUUGAUAUACUUGAAGCAUUUUUAAAUUAUCAUGGUUAUACAUAUUUACGAUUAGAUGGUACAACACAAGUUCUACAAAGACAAUUAUUAAUGGAACGUUUUAAUAGUGAUGAUAAAAUCUUUAUUUUUAUUCUAUCAACACGUGCUGGAGGAAUUGGUGUGAAUUUAACUGGUGCUGAUACUGUUAUUUUUUAUGAUUCAGAUUGGAAUCCAACAAUGGAUGCUCAAGCACAAGAUCGUUGUCAUCGUAUUGGACAAACAAAAGAUGUACAUAUUUAUCGACUUAUUAGUAAAAAUACAAUUGAAGAAAAUAUUUUGAAAAAAGCAAAUCAAAAACGUUUACUAUGUGAUAUAACUAUUGAUGGUGGUAAUUUUGAUUUAAAUUGUUUCAAAAAGAAUAAUAUUCGUGAAUUAUUUCAACAAUCAUCAACUCUAGAAGAUAUAGUACGUGAACGAAAUGAAUAUCAAGAACAAUUAGAUACGACACGUUCAAUCAAUACAACUGAUGAUAAUUUAACAGUAAAACAAUUUGAAGAAACACUUGCUUCAGUUGAAGAUGAUAUUGAUCGUCAAGCAGUUGAACAAUAUAAUAAAGAAAUAGGAGCUGAUUUAAAUGAAUUUAAUGAAGAAGAAAUAAAUGAAGAUCAAAUCAUUGAAAAACAAAAAGAAAAAAUGAAUCAAGUUGAACAAGAAUUAAAAACACUUGAUAAUCAACUUCGACCAAUUGAACGAUAUGUUUUACGUUGUGUUGAAUCACAUCGUACUGAAUAUCCAAUAACACAAAUUGGUCCAAAUACUUAUCUUGAUACAGAGCAAAUUCGAAAGGAUUGGCAUUUAUCACAUUUGAAAACAUUAAAAGAACAAGAGGAAAAACAACGUGAACAAGAAGAUGAUGAAAUGAUGUAUACAUAUGCAAGAGACAAUGAGAAAAAGGUCAAAUAUAAUUAUACAUAUUCAUGUGCACAAAAUAGUUUGGUAGCGAGUGAAGUAGCGCGUUUUAAGAAAAGUUCUGAAAUAGUAACUACGUGUCAGUCAUCUAUUCCUUCUCCUAUACCAUUAUCACCCGUUCUUCUUUCUACAUCUUCAUCUUUUUUCUCAUAUCCACCUCCUCUCUCCUCUGAAAUUAUUAAACGUUUAUCCAAAAUUAAUAAUACGCAAUCCAAAUCUCCAGAUGAAACGAUAGGACAAUCACGACGACGUCGUUUGCAAAUUAUUCCAUCACCACCACAGUCUCCAAAAUUAGUUCAUAAACAAAAAACAUUAAUUAAACCUAUUCCAAGACAACGUAUAUUUUCGUCUAUAAUAAAAACUCAACAUAAUAGUAAAAACAAUGAUUUAAUAAUUCGCUUCGAUUCCGAUGAUGAUGAUGCUGAUAAAAUACAUAGUAAAAGUAAUAAUAUUACUUUAAAUCAUUCCAAAAUAAUCAAUACAUUGGAAUCAAAACCGAGUACAUCCACAUCAGUACAACGACGUGUUACACGUUCACUAGCAAAAUCAUUAAAUUCAAUAUCCUCGGCAACUAAAAAUAGCCGCCAAAAGACUUCGAAUAUAUCGAUAAUUAACUGUGAUAAAUCGAAUUCAAGCAAUAAUAAUUUUCUAAAUCAUGGUGCAUAUAAAUCGUCCAAUUCUCGUUCUUUAUCACCAAAAUUAUCAGAUAUACAACAAACAAUAAAACCUAACAAAAUUUUCAUCAUGGAAGAUGGUCAAGCAUUUGAGAUAUGGUGUGGUAUUCUAAUGAAAUAUUUAGCAGAUGAAGACGAAGAAAUUUAUAAUGAUGAUGAACUUGAUUUUGGUUAUGAAUCAGAAGCAAUGCUUAUUGAACCAAAUGAAUAUAUUCGAUUUCCUCUACCAAAAGCACUUGCUGAUACAACAAAUAUGUCAAAAUCAGAUACAAAUAUACUUGUACCACGUUCUUUGUUUGAUCGAUCAAAUUUAUUACUUAAUACUCAAUCAUCUGCGUUAUCAACAAAUACUUUGAAUAAAUCAAAACAAACAUUAAAUAAUAAUAAUAAUAAUAAUAAAAUAUUUCCAUCAAAUAUUUCAUCACCAGUAACACCACAAGCAAAUAUAAAAGCUCGUCAAUUAUAUAUUAAUAAUGGUACAACAACAACUCCACUUCCGAAUGCAUCAAAUUCAAAUGUUAUUGUUCCAGCAUCAACAGCAACAUCAACAUCAUCACGUUCUAUUAAACUUGAAGAUAUGCUUACGAAAGAUAAUUUUCAAGGUUUACUUGAAAUUGAUAAUAGUGAUUGGCUUAUAUCAGAAGAUUAUAAAGUCUUAGAUACAAUACAAAAUAUUCAACAAUUACCAUUAUCAUCGAUGCCAUUUUCAAGUACAUCAAAUGCAAAUAAACCUCAAACAAUUUUACCAAAUUCAACUUUAUCAUCAUCGCCAUUAUUGCCCUCAGUAACGCCUUCAUCAUCGUCAUCACCAUCAGCAGCAUCAUCCAUUGUUAAUAAUACUACGAAUGCAUUAACACAAAAUUGGGAUUUUAUAUCCGAUAUUGUUAAUCGAUAUUCACGUAUAUUACGUACACCAAAACAAUGUAAACAUCGUUUUGAACAAGUUAUUGGACCACGUGAAGAAGGUCGUGUUGUUUAUGAUUUAAUUAAAAAAAAGAAACAUGUUAUUAAAGGAACUGUAAAGAUGUCAGAUGAUAAUUGGCAAAUGUUACGUACAAAUCAAUUAUUUGUUCAUGAUAAUUGUCAAAAAUUAUUACAAAUUUAUCAUCAAAAAUUUGAAACUAUUUCACAAUUUGAUCAACAAUUAUCACCAUUGAUUUAUUUAAAUAAAUUUAAACAAAUACAAGCAGCACAAGUUGCACAUCAUCAAAUGAGAGGUUUAAAACAAACGUCACUUUCACAAGAAAAUAAUAUUAAUUUUGAUGUACCAUUAACACCAGGUGAUGUAUCAUAUCAACGAGCAGAACGGGAAAAAGAACUAAAACUACAACAGCAGCAACAACAACAACAACAACAGCAACAACUGGCAACCCAGUCUGUUGCUGGAAAUAUUCAUACACAACAACAAAUUUCUGCAACAACAUCGAACACUGAUACAAUCAAACAACAACAAAUCCCUCCUGCUAAUGUAUCAAUAACAUCAACAAUUAAUCCUCGACUUCGUCCAUCAUUAUCAAAUACUCCAACAACACCUAUCAAUUCAACUCCUUUACCAUUGAUUCCAUCUUCAUCACCUUCCAAUCCAGUUUCACUUCAAAGAGCUGCAACUAAUAAUAUUAUUGUAACAACUAAUAAUAAUCCUAAUAUGACUCCAACUCGUACUCAAAGUAAUAUUCUAUCAACACGAGGCAAUAUUUCAACUCCAACAUCUCUCAAUCCAAUUCCUAUGUCACCUCAAUCAUUACCUCCACCAGCAACUAUUGUACCUGCACAAAGAUCAGUACAAGUCUUACCUCCAAAUAGUUCUUUAAUGAAUGAAACGAAUUCAAUUCAACAAAAAAAUGUUGGAACAGUUCAAAUUUCUGGAAAUGAAUAUCGUUCAGUACGUGCUGUUCCUCAACAACUACAGCAGCAGCAACAGCAACAACAACAACAACAACAACAGCAAACAGUAACAAAUUCACCAAUAUCAGCUAAUCUUCAAGUUCGAGCGUCAAAUAUGGCACGAAAUCAAACUCACACAACAACAUUACCACCUUUUGAAGGUCGUUCACAACUUCCACCAUCUCCAAAAUCACAACAACAACAACCACGACCACAAACAACAAUGCCACGUACACCAUCAAUUAAUCAAUCUACUAUAGAAUAUCCUAUCCAAUCACAAACAAAAUCUCUUCCACCAUCAACUCUUCAAUCAACACUUUCAGGUGGUGUUGUUCGUCCUUUACAACAUCCACCUACACCUAAUACUCCACCAGUUUCAUCUUCUCCAACAUCACCAAUGAAUCUUCCUCCCAUCAAUGUAACAUUAUCACAAAAUAAACCAACUACAGCAACAUCAACUACAUCUACGGUGAUAAAUAAUUCGUCUCAACAAAUACGAACGACAACUACUUUUCCUACAAAUCAACCAUCAUCAAUAUCUCAAGCUCAACAACCAUCACAACAAAUUCGACAAAUAUUUACAAAUGCUACUACGAAUUCUAUUCAAACUCAACCAACAACACAAACAACAAGAUUAACUGAAGCUAAUCAACGUCCACAGACUAAUAUUCCACAAAUAAUCGCUACUCGUACAGCAGCUUUACCUGGGCAAGUUCGUAACUUUCGUAUUGUUACAUUUACACCUGGUACUAAUCCACCAACUGGUAUUGCUGAUACAACAAAUACAUCUCAAUCACCAAUACAAUCAACAAACAUAACUUAUAAUCGUGCAAAUUCAGGUCCAUCAACAUUUUCACGUCCAACAUUCAAUACGGAUCAAGAUAUAUCAUCUGAUCUAGCGGCACAAUUACAUCGUAUUAAAUCAUUUGGUGUUAAUACUGAUUCGAGUGAUCCAACACAAACACCACGUGCUGUAUUUGUACCAGCUCGACCGAUAUCAACUUCAACAACAUCGACUACAUCAUCAAUAAGUUCAUCAUCGAAACUUAAAUCAUCACCAUUAAUUGAUUCUACAACAUCUGGUUUUCAAACAAAAACAUCUCAAGCAAAUAUUGUAUUUCAACUACCAUCAACAACAACAUCAACAACAACGACUGGAGGAGAUGAACAAACAACAAUGAAUACAUCGGUUACAAUGCGACAAAAUUUAAUGCAACAUUUAAAUUUAAUACCAUCAAAUGUUAAUCAACGUGCUCAAUCACCAACAACCAUUUCUUCAAAUGCAGCUAAUCAAAUAUCUGUUAGUCGUCUUUUUCAUCAAUAUCAUAUUCGUACAACAGCUGCACAUAAUACAUCACCAUUAACAACACAAAUGUCAUCUGGACAACUAAAUAAUGAACAAAUAUCGUCAUCAUCUCCUCCUCCUCCUCCUCCACCACCUUCACAAACUUCUGCUUCUUCUUCUUCUUCUACGACUUAA